AGCUUUUCGAUGUUCCCACGAUGAAUCAUGUCGCACGAGAACACGGAUGGCACCUUUAUGCCUUGGAUUCCAUAUCCGGACACUCCCUACUUCCAACUGAAUAAAAUCGGCUGUACGCGUGACACACCACACCGCGUAGCUGCUCGUGACGAAUUCCACUACUACUUAUUGUUAGUUAAAAAUUACCGUUUCAUGAGUUCCAACGACACAACUGAUAACGCAAUGGCUAAUACUUCUGAAGACACAACUGACAAUGCGAUGGCUGAUACUUCUGAUACAGCCAUGAAGAUUAAGAAUUGGGUCCAAUUUGAGGAGGAGACGGGUCCAAAGGAAGUUACUGACAUGGAAAAAAGAGCCGGUAGCAGUGCUCCGGCUGUAAUAAAACCCGAGUCAGUUACAGUGCGAGUCGAUAAGAUCAAUAAAAGUAUUGACUCUGAUAUUAACGAUAAGAGGAUUAACGAGUAUAGAGGUGCUGUGAUAGCAACUGAAUCCGUCCAGAUUAAUUUAGAUAGAUCAGGUUUAAGUCGUUCCGUCACAUCUGACACUCCGGAUCUUAAAUUACCAUCUGACGUUAGAGCGUCAGACGCCAAAAGCGCAUCUUUAAAAACUAUCGAUUUAAGAGAUGUGUCCAAUGGCAGAAAUGCGUCAAGUAACGUUAUAAGUACAUCUGUUGGCAACAUUAGACAAGGUUUCGCCAACGGUGAUACCAUCGUUACUCUUUUACCGGUCAAUACUAAAUGGCCAUGGAUCACUCCAGCCAGAUUCAGACCGGAAUUAGUACCAGAGGAAUUAAUGGCACAAGGAUUAACGCUUACGGUAGAAGAUUAUGUUCAUAUAAUGGAGUUACUUGUGAACGAUGUGCGUUUCAAUAUGUAUAACAUAUGUUACAAGAGGAUCCUCGUCCUUUGGAUAUUCACCGCCUUUGUUGUUCUGCUUGGUCUAUUGUUCUCCGGAGUCACCGGUCUUACUUUGUUCGGGCUUGGUGUCAUGUGGUUAGUCCUGAAUGCAGCUGCAAUAUUUUUCUGCAUGUUUAUCAAGAUAAAGCUCAAUCACAAUCUCGAAAAAUGUAUGGCCCAAGUCAACAAACAUUUAUUAAGGCAUAAAAUAUUACUGGGAUUGGACGACCGAGGAAAAAUCUCAUGCCACAAAGUCAAUCUGUGUUUCAUAUACUUCGACACUACUGACUGUAUUAAAAAACUGCAGGAAGUGAUAGAACGAGAAGAACGCGAAGGUAGGAUAAUUGGUAGUGGUGAUGAAGCGAGCGAAUUAAGUCGGCAACGAGAGUUACAGCAGCGUAUGGACAUUGACGACAAUGACAUUGUUAUACAGGGCAGCACUACCACAAGAAUCUCUCGCAAACAGGGUAAGAACGAACAAAUAUUCUGCCGUUAUGUGCAACGUUGGGCGAAGGAUUACUUACGUCGACGUUUGGAUUGGACAGUUGACGAGGAGGGUGGAAAUCCUUCUUCGCCACGUCACUUAACAUCCGCUCUGUGUCCAUGUCAAUAUAUAGAGGAAUGGUUGCGUAAUAAGCCGCGUGUUCAGGGCAGAGAUUUUUGUCCUAGAUGGAGUAGUUUUCUACGAGAAAGGGGAAUUUGAGCAACACAAUUGUUUCAUACGGCUUAUAAAAGAGGUUUUGCAUGCUCAUACGUACACACAGAAAUAUGAGACUUUAUGGAUUAUUUCAUUCCUUUUCCAUUAGACAAGAAUCUUAAUAUUUGACUCAAAUAUCAAAAACAUUAAUUAUUAAUAUUCUAGUAUAUACAUAUAUCUAGUAUAUAUACACACACACACACACACACACACAUAUAUGUACGUGUGUAUGUAUUUUUUUAUAUAUACCCGAUUGUACUUAUAUUUGAUUCUUGUUAUAAUGAUAUUCUAAAGAAACUUACCUAAAGUUUAUUACUAUUAUAUCGUAUUAUCACAUAAAGAGCCGGAACAAUUUGUUCUGAAUGAUAUGCUCGGAAUUAUAAGAAACAUGAACAGAAUUAUUGGCAGCUCUCAAGUGUGGAAGUAAUCUAAUUUGUUUAUAAGUAACAGACACUGUAAUUAUCAGUGUCAAGAUCGAUUCUAUUUUUAAUAUAUAUUUACAAAGAUGGCCAUCUUUGCACCAACAUAUAGGAAUAGCAAAUUUUGCACAAUAUAGAGUUUACAGAGCAGGUUUAGUUUAACUUAAGUUUGUUUUAAGAGUUAUAAGUAAAAUGUGGAGGUAAAUUGUCCUUGAAAAUUGCUGAAACUGCGACUUUUUAACAUGCCUCAAACAUAUUUCAGUUACUUUCCGAUAUGACUAACGCCUCUUAUUAUUGUAUCUGUUAUAUAAUUUUGGAAAUUAUGUUUACAAAUUUUGUGUAUUAUUUUAUACACGUUAAAUUUCAGGCGAUUUUAAAUGUACUUAAUAUUUUAUUUAGAGAUAUUGAGGUAUACGAAUAAUUGAUACAUGACAAAAGUACUCCUGGCUGGGAUCUUGAUUCGUGGACUGAAAUCGAUGUAACUUUCAUGACUUUGAUUUUCUAUGCUAUAUCCGCAUUCCACUGAACAUGGUUACAACAUAUUAAUGUAAUAAUUGUAAUAUAAAAAUCGUGAUUUUCAAUUAUAUUACAUUCCGAAUAUCAUGUCACACAUUUAUCGUUAAACUCGAGAAUAUAGAUUUGUAACUUGAUACAAUCAAUAGAGAUUAAUUAUAAUUAAUAUAAUAUUUUUAGACAAUCUAUUUUAGAGCAUUCCAGUAAAUCAUUCUUUUCAAUAAGCUGAUAGUAAUCAUCAAGACUUUUGCAACAAUGUUUCUGAAAGAACCUUUUGUACAUUCUAAUAGAUAUUACCGGCCUUACCGAUUUUUAGGCCAACUAGUUUUUCACUUCCUAUGUAAUUACAUUUAACCCGAUCCUGAUGUUCAUCAAACAUGUUCUCAUAAUGCAAUAUGUAUAUAAGAACUGUGUGAGAGA